AACCCUGUGAAACCAAACACAACUUUCUACAGGACAUGUGUAAAUUGAGUUACUGUGGUUACGGUUUGAUUCCGGAAGUUUCUCUGCACAACACAAACAUGGCUGUGCAAAGCUGGAUCGACAAUCUAAAAUCGGCGAAGAAAACCUCUUUGAUUCACGAUGGGAAAAGGAAGAUCCACUACCUCUUUGCAGAUGGAAAAGAAAUGGCAGAAGAGUAUGAUUUAAGAACAGAUGAACUUGUUGUACGAAAGUGGCGUCUCAAAAGCACACUUGGAGCGCUGGGUCAAUGGCAGGUUGAAGUUGGGGAGCCGCUUGUUGGUCCUGUCACCUCUUCGGAUGCUGAGAUGCUAAAAGAGAACUGCUCCAAUCCUGUAUUUACGCGUAAAGAUACAAAGAGCAGUUUUCAGUGGAGAAUCCGGAACCUUCCCCACCCCAAAGAUGUCUAUAAUGUUUCAGCCCAGCCACCUGAAAGAUGUAUUGUCAUAAAAACUUCAAACAAAAAGUAUUACAAGAAAUUUGGUAUUCCUGAUCUGGAUCGCAGUCAACUUCCACUGGACAACUCCGCUUUAAGCUUCACUCAUGCAAACAACACUUUGAUAGUCACUUACAAGAAACCCAAAGAGAUUUUAAAUCUUGAGCAGGAGCUGAUGAAGGAGCUGAAGAAGCUAAAGGGGACGAGUGAAGGGGACACUGACUGCAAAACUCAGUGAAUUCUGAAGGACAGAGAGAAUGGCAAAAACUGGUCAUAUGUGAGCUCAAUGUUUAAAUGUAUUGAAUACAUGUUUGAUUAGACUCUCCUGACAUGUUGUUCGUAGAUAUUUCAUCUGAUAAAUACUUUCUUUCUCUUGUUCUUCACCUGUACAAUUAACUCAUUCACUGCCAGCCUUCCCAGUUAACAUGGAUAUUUAACUUCUAAAGCCAUCAAUGGCAGUGAAUGUGUUAAAAUAAAAAAACACUGACGAGCCUUUAUAAAAUGUUUCUCUCAUUCAAAAA